AUGACCGAUGCUCAAGACACCAUCAAGCCAAGCAAUCUGACACCUGAUGUCUUAGAAGCGGCGAGUAUUCUGAUAGCGAUGAAGCGUGGAAUGCGAUAUUUUCUCAUAGAAGCUCAACAAGCGCGCCAUCAGCUCUCUUUCUUGGAUUUCGCAGCACUCAAUCCUGGUUCCGCUCAAGUUCAUUUUCUUGCUGGUCACAGAAUCCCAUUUUCACCCCUCUAUGAUAUCACUCCCAUGCCAGCGGCUUACCAUUUUCCAUUAGCGCAGCCGGUUGCCUAUUAUGGGAUGUUGGCCUCGCCUUCGUGUUAUGUAGGGCUGUCAAGGGAGCGCGGAGCAUCUAUGGAGGGUUUAGUGGACAGUGAAAGUACUCAAUCAGCUCCAAAGAGGAUGCGGUUGUCCACUACGUCUACAAGUUCUCCUGAAUGUGCAGCCAACGAGAAGCAAGAAUCGAAGAGGAGAAGAAAAAACUACACCAAAGAACAACUUGAGAUUCUCGAAGCCGCGUACGCUGAAAUGAAAUACCCACACAUAGAAGAACGACUAAAGCUGGAGAAAGUUACAAAACUGACAGAAGACCGGAUACAAGUUUGGUUUCAAAAUCGACGCGCAAAAGACCGGAAAAGAAUUGAGCCUGAGAAAUACCAAAAAUACGUUGAGGACACUCAAAAAAUUACUGGUGAAGGCCAAAAAAAUGACGCCGAGGAAAAAAGUCCGAGUGAAAGUCCAAUUCAAGGUGCGCGACCAAAACAAAGACAAAACAGUAGUAGCGAUACAAGUGACAAUGCGUGUGGGGAAUUUGACAAUUUCACUUUUAGUGGACCUCAAACAGAAUAA